AUGGCACAUCUCGGACUGAACAUCGACGCGGAAAAUACAGCAUCAUAUUACUCUGUCGCCGAUCUAUCCACCAUCUUAAAAUCAGCUCCAGGCUUGACUCAACUGGCUGUCUACAUCUCUCCCAUAGAGAUGGGUUGGUCAGGGUUACUCGGCACAGAUUUUACCCUUGAUGUACUCGAUAGUGGUGAUACUAGUGUUCCCAAUGCCUUGGAGGCAUAUCUAGAUUGCAUCGCACGCCAUCGGUCCCUGCAUACCCUGCAGAUACUCUCGCUACCAAAUAUCGACUACGACAUGUCACCAGAUCCCAAUCCCACUCUGCAGAACCGACAACCUAUUUACAACAUCACGGUGCCGACCGCGAGUUUGAUGAUGCAAAAGCUUGCUGCUGAAGUCAUGUGCUUCCUUCACAAGCUCAACUCCCACAUCACAUUACUUGGGCUCUGCCCACUUUAUAAUGAAUUUGAGCAACCGAAGGCUGAUCACAAUGGUCACAAAUGGCCGAGAUACUACUACAUCCGUGGCCGUAUCUCGGAUCCGACGGGCAGAGAGCGUUUCACAGCCGUUCCUUUUGACACUGACAAUCUGCCGGAUAGCUCGCUGUUGCGCCGCUACUGCGGUGGUAGUACUAGUUGUUAA